AUCCAGCCCUGCCAUCUCCUGGUGCCCCAGCGCUGCAUCAGGAUGGAGCCCAGGUGGUGGAGGAGAUGGCUGCCAGUGAUGGCAAGCACCUUCUGAGUUGGGAGAGGCCCCAAGGACCUGGAUGCGGGCUGGAGAACACAGGCAACAGCUGCUACCUGAACGCAGCCCUGCAGUGCUUGACACACACACCACCACUUGCUGACUACAUGCUGUCCCGGGAGCACUCUCAGACCUGUCGUUCCCCGGAAGGCUGUAAGAUGUGUGCUAUGGAAGCUCAUGUGACCCAGAGCCUCCUCCACUCCAACUCGGGGGAUGUCAUGAGGCCCUCCCACAUCCUGACCUCUGCCUUCCACAAGCACAAGCAGGAAGAUGCCCACGAGUUUCUCAUGUUCACCUUGCAAACCAUGCAUGAAUCCUGCCAGCGGGGGUACGAAGAGUGGGACUCCCCCUCUAAGGACAGCUCCCCGAUCCCUGACAUCUUUGGAGGCCUGUGGAGAUCUCAGAUCAAGUGUCUCCACUGCCAGGGCACCUCGGAUUCCUAUGAUCCCUUCCUGGACAUCGCCCUGGAUAUCAGCUCGGCUCAGAGUGUGAAGCAAGCCUUGCGGGAUACAGUGAAGGCAGAAGAGCUGCGUGGGGACAACGCCUACUACUGUGGAAGGUGUAGCCAGAAGAGGCCAGCUUCCAAGACCCUGACUGUUCACAGAGCCUCCAAGGUUCUCCUGCUAGUGUUAAAUCGCUUCUCAGAUUUCCGGGGUGACAAGCUGAACAGAGAAGUAAGCUACCCGGAGUUCCUUGACCUGCAGCCAUACCUGUCUCGGCCUACUGGAAGACCUUUGCCUUAUGCCCUCCAUGCCGUCCUGGUCCAUGAUGGUGUGACUUGUCACAGUGGACAUUACUACUGUUGCGUCAAAGCCGGCCAUGGCAAGUGGUAUAAGAUGGAUGAUGCUCGGGUCACCAGGUGUGAUGCGACUUCUGUCCUGAGGGAGCCUGCCUAUGUGCUCUUCUAUGUGCAGCAGCCUGACCUCAAGAAGAAGCUCAAGGUUGAUGUGUCCGUGGGCAGAGUCCAUGAGGUUCUUGACCCCGUUGACCCCGAAUACCAGCUGAAGAAGUCCCGGAAGAAACAAAAGCACAAGAAGAGAAGCUCUGGCACAGAAGCUUCAGGAGAGCCCCGCGGAAACAGGGAGACGACUACAGCAACCAAAGAAACCUCCUUAGUGGAGGGGAAAGUGCUCCAGGAGCAGAAGCACCAGAAAGCCGGGCAGAAACCCAGGAAGAGCCAACUCCAUCUGCCAGCCAGUGCAACUGUGAUUGCCCAGCCCAGAUACACAGCAUACUGGGGCAGCAACGCUCCAGACAAGGAGAAUCAACCGAGGCUCAAUGCUGACAGGCUCCUCAUCUCUCAGGGCCCCAUGAACACGACUGGGCAGCUCUGCAGUCAGGCAGGGAGACAAAGAUCCAAGAAGGGGAAGAACAAGAACAAGAACAAGCAUGGGCAGAGGCUUCUGCUUGUUCACUAG